AUGGCGCCCAACAGAGGCAUCGCCUCGCACUUUGCAGCGUCGAAAGCGAGCAUCAGCCGCGCCACCCGAUCCAUCAAGGUCAAGCCGGUCAAAGAUGUCGCCACCCCCGUCGCCCAAACAGUCAAGGUCGCAUCAUCACACCCUCUGACAACAGUGAUCCCGACAGCGUCCAGCAGCAACGAUGUCUUCUCCUCACCCGCCACAUCAUCCAAACCUCCGACACCAAAGAAGUCGACACCACGACGGGCGACUCGCACGCGGCUUCGAACGCCGGACGAAGGCGAAGUCGAUCGCAUCCUUGCCGAGAACGAGAGCAUGCUCCAAUCCAGCCCAUCAGCCCGACUCGCUUCGUCGUCGUCUUCAGUCCAAGAUGCACCCAUAUCGCUUCUUGGCACACCACCAGCCACACCCCGCGCCUCUCGCUCCUCUCCACUCCUCGAACCCACCCAAACCUCGCCGAUCUCGGUCCGUACCGAUCCGGAUACCAACAAGAUGUACCUCUUGCUCAACCGCUCUCCUUCCAAACCCUCUGGCAGCAGCUCCAGUCCGAGCAAGCGAAAGAUGACUACUCCACCCAAAUCCACCUCGCCGUCGAAAACGCCACGCACGGUGGAUGGUACUCCACGGCGACUCAUCACGGGCGAACCGGAGGUGCUGGGGACGGAAGAGGAAGAUGGACUUGUGCUGACACCCGGUCGGGCGAAGGGAACGCGAGUGGUACUGGGCAGUCCACACAAGUCUCCGCUACUCGCAAGAGCGGUGGUGGGGACGCCGAAGGAGCAGGCACUGCGACGGAUCGUCGAUGAGGAUGAGGAAGGGUACAUUACGCCACGCAGCGUACGGUCGAGGCCGACGGGGUUGCCUUUGCCGCCGAUGGCGACGCAGAAGGCGGCUGCGCUGUUUCGUGGUGCGACCCUGCCUGCGUCUUCCAGCAUGCCCAGUCUGGGCCGACCUACAGCACCAGCUGCGGUCGAGGAAUCUGUCGAUCUGGGCUCAGACCCGGUCUUGACAGAGGAAGAGGUGCAACUACCGGAACCCAAACAUGCCCUAUCGACGGAUCUGCCACUGCCAAGCUUCUACUCGAGCAUCCUAACCCUUCACAUGGCGCUAGAGCACGCGUUGGUGGUGCACCUCGCCACCGCCGGAUGCGCCACAGCCACCCUCGACUCCUCCUCAUCGGACCAGUCGGAGACGCACAAGAUCGUGCGCCUCCCCAACCUCAUCUCAUACACAGCGCUGCGACCGCUGGUGGAGCGAUCGGGUGGUCGACGUCUGGGUCCCACCGAGCUGCGUCGACUGGCGAGUGUCUGGUCCGACUUCCACCGCUCUUCCCCCGAGGAGGUGGAAGAGGUGCGAGGGUUGGGAUUCAUCAUUAGCAAGACGCGAAGUAUGGACACGCGCACUGGGCGAAGAGCGUUGGAUUGGGGACUGGGCAUCGAGCUCGAAAUCAGACGCACCGUUCGGGAGAAGACGCCACCUACAGAGAUCGGCUUCGGAGGCGUUAGCGUGAGCGCUUCGCCCAAGGUGCGCGAAGAGGGGUUCGAUGAAAAGGUCAAAGGUACGCCAAAGAUGCCUUCCACCCCACCACCGUCAUCGGCCAGCGAGCGGCUGCUCAGAUCGCCCUUUGCGUCUUCGCCGGUGACAGCCUCGCCGAGAAGGAAGAGGGAGACGUCCGGUAGCUCACUCGACACGACAAGGGAAGCAGUCAAGGCGAGGGAAGGCAUGUCCGUCGUGGCUAUGUGGAACAACGGUUUGGAGACGCGCAAGGCCGAGGUCGGACGACGACUAAGGGAACGAUGUGCGCGAUUCCACCAGCUGUGGUUGGACGAGAAGGGCAUUUCGGUGCCACCCUCUGCGAGGUUGGUGAAGAAGAAGCCCGGAUCGCCAUCCCGGAACCAACCGAAGAUGGUCGGACUGGGCAUCGCAACUUCUGCAGACAGCGAUGCGGAAGAUGACGUUUUUCCGAGGGAAGCGAUCAUGGGCGCGGGCGGGUUGCUCACCCCUUCAGCGACUCGCUCGGGCGGUCGACGCGUCGGCAAACGAACGUUCCAUAUGGAUCCAAGCGAGCUCGAUCGCGAAGCUCUCACUUCCGAGGAUGAGGAGGAGGGCGAUCUCAGUAGCAACACCUUGCGUGGCGGCGUGCAGGGCAAGCAAGGGCUUCUCGACGAGGUGUCGAGCAGCGUCACGCGUACCAGCUCGAUGCCUUCCCUUCUCACCUCGUCGUUGAGCAAAGAAGGGGAGAUGCCACCGUGUGGAUCGACCUUGCACGCGUGGCACUCUGACUUUCCGCUGUCCGACCCACGGAUCGUCCGCCCCAUUCCCCUCGCGACGCUCCCCAACCUCACAGUCCUCUCCACGCCACACCGGCCCAAACCCACCUCCGACCCAUCAACCCCGCACAAGCCGACGAAAUUCAUCCCUCCCGCCGUCACGCUCAACACGGCAGGUAUGACGCUCCGCGAGCGCAUCGCAGCGAAAGAACAGCUUCGACGCACGGCCUCUCUUCCUUCCCUCUCCUCUGAGGCUGAAGCAGGGAUGACACCCAUGCAAGCGCUAUCACAGCGCUCGUUGGUCUCCCGACUACCCGAGCUGUGCUCCAUCCUCUUCAUGCUCUUCUCCAACGGCACGAGUCUUUCUUCCAACGGGAUCACGAGGAGUCCCACGAUUCCCAUGCAGGAUCUGCUGACGAAGUUGGGGAAAAGUGUCAAGGUUCAGUUGAGCACGAGGGAAUGCAGGCAGAGUCUGGAUGUGUUGGGGAGGAUCGCACCGGGGUUUUUGGUCGUGAUCGAGGAAGGUGGGGCGGGGAAGGAGUAUGUUAGGAUGGGGAAUAACGGGGAUACGGGGAGGGUUUGGCGGUUGAACGAGGUGCGGAGUCGGAUUGCAGCUGAGCUCAACGGCAAGUAG